CACGACUUUUGGAACGGAUGGCGAAAUUCUGCCGCGAAUGCGGCGCACCGCUCCAUGGCCGUCGGUUCUGUUCUCAAUGCGGUGUGGCAGCCGUGGCGUCAUCCAAUGACAUCCCAACAGUAGUUGCAUCGUCGUCCUACCAUGCCCCACCUGCGCAACUUCCGCCUCCCUCCCCAAAAUCGAACAAGAAGCGGACGGGGUCAGUCGAAGUUCCAGAGGUGGCCGUAGGCGACGAAGCUACGUCCAUCUACAUGCGAGUGGUUGCCACAGUCCGAGGCACCCACUUCGGGGAGCAUGCAGAUAAAACUGUGAAGGCCUUCAAGAAGGACUGCAAGCAGUACGGUGCCGGGACUAUUUCCGCCCCAGCAUUCGAAGCCAACCUUCGCGUAUACUUAGGCGACUUCAUGAUGGACACGGUGAUGCCACAGCUCGUUCGAUUGAUCCCAGACGACGACAAACGAGCUGAACUCAUGGCGGUUUAUCACGACCACGCCAAAUCUAAAGCCCCCAAGUCCCGUCCGUCUACUAUCGCAUCCACCUCGGAGCGCCUAUCGUCCAAUGCUCCCAUAGAUUCUCGUCCGUCAUGGUCACCUGCCGAUGUGCCGCCGACUGAACGAAGCGCAAGUACGGGCAGCAUCAAGUCGUCGUUCAAAUGGUCCGGCCCGAGCAUUUACGGCAAGAAUGCUGCUUGCCAGGUGUGCUCAACUCCAUUUGACAUGCGGAAUCGUCGUCAUCACUGCCGCAAGUGCGGCAAAGCCGCCUGCCAAUCCUGUUCCCCCGCGCACAUGUUGAUCCCUCCUGGCCACCAGCACGAAGACGCCAAGGGGUACGACGUCGCCGUGCCCCAGCGCGUGUGCACGCUGUGCGCCCCCAUCUUGCAACCGCUGCAGUCUCGGCUCGAAACCACCUAUGCCAACUGCCACAAAGACACGCAGCCGUCCUCUCCAACCUCCCGAGGCUGGUUCAAGUCUCUCCCCAUGAGGCAGACCAUCGCCGACGAAUGCGACGCCGCCAGAGACAUCCUCCGGCAGUUCUUCGUCACGUCGCCCGUGGAAAAGAGAAUCCCGGCCGCUUUCCUAGAGCGAGCGCAGGGCUUGGCAUUCCUCACGGUGGUCAAAGCGGGGCUGCUGGUCACUGCCAAAAUGGGCUCGGGCAUCGUGGUCACGCGACUGGCGGACAAUUCGUGGUCAGCACCGUCGGCCAUAGGCACUGCGGGACUCGGAGGGGGCUUGGAAGGCGGCGGCGAGCUCGUCCAGAUCCUACUCAUCCUCUCGUCGGCCCAGGCAGUUUCAGUCUUUUUCCAGACGCAAAUCACGCUCGGUGCAGGGCUGGACAUGACCGUCGGUCCGUACGGCCGAUCUGCCGUCGCCCAAGCCGCCAUGAGCAAAGGAAGCGGGCUUGGCGUCAACUACAGCUACAGUCAUAGCCGAGGCCUCUUUGCCGGCAUUUCUCUCCAUGGCGCAGUCAUCAAUUGCCGCGCAGAUGCCAACCGAGCGUUCUACGGACGCCACGUCACCCCGUCCGAGAUCUUGACUGGAGUUGUGCCUCCACCUCGCGCGGCCCAAGGUCUCUAUGAAGCCAUCGGGGAUGCCAUGCAAUUUUGCGAAGACUAUCGCGAGGAAGCGCAAAAGCCAAGGGUGGCGUCGUGCAUGUCGCCAGGAUGUCCGUGUGAAAAGUUCAGGGCCAGGUCGUAUUCGCCCAUGUGCGGGAAUUGUGGUCACUCGCAUCAGAUGUGAAUGGAUUGGAAAAAUACUACCAGUUGUGUAUAUACAAGACCGUCGUACCAGUAGAAUAAGCUUGGACGAACCAACCAUAAUAUUGUACUGCUAUUGUCGAAGA